AUGCCGGAGCAUAGUCACAGUUACAUUAGUACAAUAUCUCGUUUGAAAACACUUAAUUUGAAUCCUUCAGAGACACCCCUGAAAAGAUGCAUUUCCAUAGGGGAACUGAUAUUGCUCGGCAUUGGUGGUAUCCUCGGCUCUGGUGUAUACGUACUGACUGGUAGUGUCGCUAAAGACGUAGCUGGGCCAGCUGUUUCCAUUUCGUAUUUGAUCGCAUGUUUCCCGACGCUUCUAGCUGCAAUCUGUUUUGCUGAAUUCGGCGCCAGGAUACCCCGGACAGGAUCGGCAUAUAUAUACACAUACGUGACAUUAGGUGAGAUGUGGGCUUUUAUAGUGGGAUGGAAUUUUGUUCUAGAAAUUUGCGUUGGCAAUGCGGCUUCAGCACGCACCGUAAGUGGUUACUUGGACAUGCUGACAAGAUUCAAAAUACGCAAUUUUACAAUUGAUUACAUCACAGGUAGAUCAAUUGACCACCCCCCGCUUUCGCAAUAUCCGGAUUUGGUAGCAUUAUUUUUGAUAAUAAUUGUCACACUUGUAUUAUCAAUGGGAAUCAAUAUUUCCGUCAAAGUCGCCUCCAUUUUUACAUGUAUUAGUAUUGGUGUCAUGCUGUUUAUUGUAUGCAUGGGGUUUUACCUCAUGGAUAAAACGAAUUGGGAGGCACAGGGUGGCUUUGCACCUUACGGAUUUUCUGGAAUUGCUGCUGGCGCGGCAUCGUGUGUGUACGCUUACACUGGCUUUGAAAUAAUUACUACAGCUAGUGAAGAAUCUUUGAAUCCAACGAAAAGUAUACCGAUUGCUAUAUGUGCAUCCCUUACCUUUGCAGUGGUGGUGUAUGUAACUGUUUCUGCUGCGUUGACUCUCAUGAUACCUUACUACAACAUUAAUCCGGAUGCAUCUUUUGCCGAUGCAUUCCAACAACAUGGCCUUCUUUGGGCGAAGUAUGCUGCGGGAAUUGGUGCUGUUUGUGGAGUUAGUAUCACACUGUUCAUUAGUACAAUUUGUAUUUCUAAAAUUAUAUAUGCCAUGGCUGCGGAUGGUCUUCUAUUCACUGCAUUGGCCAGGAUUGAGCAGUGUAACCAGGUCCCAGUGUUUGCCACAAUAACGUGCGGAGCUUUCACUGCAAUUCUAGCCAUUUUCGUUGACACGGAUUUCCUAGUGCAAUGUAGAUCAAUUGGUGGUUUAUUUGGUUAUGUAAUGAUAUCAACAAGCGUCAUAAUUCUGCGAUAUAGACCUAUAGGAAACAUCACAUAUGAGAACGGCAAUACACCAUCUAAUAAAGACAUUCCACAGCUAGAACAUAACACUUCUCUCAACGUGGCUAACAUAACACAAAACGACACGUUUUCAGUUGGUAUUUUUAGAAAUUUGAAACCUGGCAUGCUUCCUGGAAUGGCCACUAUCCUGAUGACUAUGGGUAUGUUUAUUUUAGCAGCGAUUAUUAAUUUUGGCACAGAUUCCUUUAAAGUGUGGAAGCCAUGGCUCAUCCUUACUUUAAUAGUACUAGGACUAUUUGUGGUUCUCUGCUUUGCUGUGAUCUGCAAGCAUAAACAAGAAGAAACCAGGCUGAAAUUUAAGGUAGGUUCAUGUGUUGAUAAAACUACACACUAG